CUUCCUCUCUUUUUGGUCCCCAUAAGCCUUUGCGCUGACAACAUGGCGGCGGAGCGACAGCUGGGAACCGGGAUGGAUGAGAAUAAGGAGAACGAGCGUCCGGUUGCAGGAGGAAAGAAGGGCGCGCUGGGUGAUAGCUUAGGGCUGGAAAUACUACAGAUUAUUAAGGAAUCUCAGCAGCAACAUGGACUGCGUCAUGGUGAUUUCCAACGGUACAGGGGAUAUUGCUCACGCCGCAUGAGACGUUUAAGAAAAACAUUGAAUUUUAAGAUGGGAAAUAGGCAUAAGUUUACUGGGAAAAAAAUAACGGUGGAGAUGUUGUCUGAUAACAGGUACCUGCUGGUGAUCUUGAUGGACGCAGAGAGAGCCUGGAGCUAUGCAAUGCAACUCAAACAGGAGGCCAACACUGAGCCUCGUAAGCGCUUCCACCUGCUCAGUCGUCUGCGUAAGGCGGUAAAACAUGCAGAGGAUCUAGAGAAGCUGUGUGAUAGUGACCGUGUGGAUGCCAAGACUAAGCUGGAAGCUCAGGCGUAUAUGGCUUACCUCAGUGGGAUGCUACAAUUUGAGCAGCAGCAGUGGGAAGAUGCUAUGAAUGCCUUCAACAAGUGCAAGACUAUCUACGAGAAACUUGCAAGUGCAUUUACAGAGGAGCUGGCUGUGCUGUACAACCAGAGAGUGGAAGAAAUCUCACCCAACAUCCGCUACUGCGCCUACAACAUUGGUGACCAGUCUGCCAUGAACGAGCUAAUGCAGAUGAGACUCCGCACUGGCGGCACAGAAGGGCUGCUGGCUGAAAAACUAGAGGCUCUGAUCACCCAGACGAGGGCCAAGCAGGCUGCUACUAUGAGCGAGGUGGAGUGGCGAGGACGUACGAUGCCUAUCAAGAUAGACCGUGUACGGAUUUUCCUGCUUGGGCUGGCAGAUACUGAGGCUGCCAUUGCACAGGCUGAGAAUGCAGAGACCAAGGAACGCUUGUUUGAGUCUGUACUGAGUGAAUGCAGAGAUGCGCUCCAGGGUGUUCGCGAAGAGCUAAAAGCAGAGCAGAGGCAGAGAGAUUCAACUAUAGAUGGAGAGAUCGGGAGAGUGUCUAACUUACAGUACCUGCAUAGUUACCUGUCGUAUAUCAAGCUUUCCAUGGCCAUCAAGCGCAAUGAGAGUAUGGCCACUUCUUUGCAGAAGGCUCUUCUCGAGCAGCCACAAGCUGAAGAAGAUGGAAAGAGGGGCCCACGGCCGCAAGACCUGAUCCGCCUCUACGACAUUAUCUUACAGAAUCUGGCAGAACUGACUCAGUUGCCUGGGCUAGAAGACGAUCAAAGUUUCCAGAAGGAGAUAGUUAUGAAGACUUUGGUAUACAAGGCAUACAGGUGCUUCUUCAUUGCUCAGUCCUAUGUCCUUGUAAAGAAAUGGAGUGAAGCUCUGGUCCUCUAUGAUCGAGUGCUAAAGUACGCAAAGGAAGUCCAGGCCAAGUCCAAGGGUUCCAAGAACAGUUUGAAGGAGCUGCCAGAUGUUCAGGAAUUGAUCAUGCAGGUGAAUGCAGAGAAAUAUUCAUUGCAGGCUGCUGCCAUCCUGGAUUCCAGAGAUACACCAGAAGAGGUUUCUCCUGCCCAGGUCAAAGAUAAUAAGCCUCUCUGUGAACGCCUGGAUUCGUUUUCUCUGGACCCAACUCUCGUGAGUAAACAUGCCAGCCUGGUGCGCUUCCCUCCGGACUUCCAGCCUAUACCCUGCAAGCCUCUCUUUUUUGACUUGGCCUUUAAUCAUGUAACGCUGCCAUCCUUGGAGGACAAGCUAGAACAGAAGGCAAAGAGUGGCUUGACUGGAUAUAUCAAGGGGAUUUUUGGGUUCCGCAGCUAAUUUACUUCAAAUCAGUGGUUGCAUUGUCCUCCAUUCAUCUCCCCCUGUGAUUCAUAUAUUGCCCAGUGAGACAUUAGCUGUGGGCUCGGCUGUAGGCGAUCAGUACUAUUUAUAUUUGUGCUACAGAUUCUAUUGGCUACCAUCCUUGUUGUACAAAAAAAUUAUCGAACACCAUUACUUACUAGCAGCAGUGUAGAAAUAACUGCCAGCUAUAUACCUUAUAUAUCCAAAGGGGGGACGUUCCCAGCACAACAACAAUAAAAAAAACGCAUUUUAGUGAAACAAAAUUUAAAAUCAGAUUUUUUUUUUAUUUUUUUAAUCUCCUUUGUACAAUAUUUUUUUCACCAUAUACAUGAAAUGAAUGUAUAUUUUGCUGGAAUCCCAUCUAUGAAAUUGGUAAUUAUUAGAUAUGUGGCUUUGGAGGUUUCGGAUACCUCCAAAUGCGGAAAUGGCGAUUGGCUGUUUUCAAAGCCAAAAUUAUUGUUGUGAAACUGCAACACACUAAGAUCUGUGCAAAUCCAGAGUCGUCUAAUGUUUUGCAGUUUCACAAGAAUAAAUUUGGCUCAGAAAAUAACAGAAGCAGCCUCCUCCUCCUGAGGGAUCCAAAACCUCCGCACAUAUCUAAUAAUUAUUUAGCCUGUAUCGGCCUUGCAUAUACUUGGCUCUUCAAUGAGAAUUCGUGCUUAGUGGCCUUUCCUUAUCUUUUGUAAGGAGUUCUUUCCCAACUGGAUGUUGCACCUAAUUUAUAUGGUCUUACAGCGUUGUUGAAAUAAAGGGAGAAUUUGCAAUUAAAUUUGGUGAUAAAAAGGGCUUGAUUAUAGAUGCUUAAUACAAGUCCUUUUUAAUAAAGUUAUUUUCUCCUGA